AAAGAAGUUGUUAGUGGGUUUUAAAAGGAAAAAGAGUGUGCAAGUGUGGUCCUUCAAUUUCACAACACAAGCAAUCUGCAAUAGUAUUCAACUUUUGAGAUCGAUCGAGACGUGUAAUAGAAAGCGAACCAGAACGCAAUGGAUUCAUCACACAUGACGUCACUUCCCGAAGAUAUCACCGACGAUCAGCCACCACAACCCGCUUCUGUUUUCGCCUCCGUUCCUCAACGUCCCCCAACUAAGAGUUCGUCGGAAAAGUACGCACCGCUAGAUUGGUCCAGUUACUUUGACAAAGAAGAUGAUGUUGCUAUUCCGGAAUCAAAUGAUGUUUUUCAUGUUUACAUGGCAGGAACUGAGGGUCCCGUUGUUUUCUGCUUACACGGUGGUGGUUAUUCCGGGCUUUCAUUUUCUGUGUCAGCCGGUAUAAUUAAGGAGAAAGCUAGAGUGGUUGCGAUGGACUUGAGAGGUCAUGGAAAAUCAGUGACAGAUAAUGAUUUUGACUUAUCUGUUGAGACCCUGUGUAAUGAUGUAUUGGCUGUUAUAAAGGAAUUAUAUGGCGAUUCUCCUCCUGCAAUUAUUCUCGUUGGGCACAGCAUGGGAGGGUCGAUUGCUGUGCAUGUUGCUGCGAAGAGAUUAUUGUCAACCUUGGCUGGGUUGAUUGUUGUGGAUGUUGUAGAGGGAACAGCAAUGGCUUCACUAAUUCAUAUGCAACAAAUCCUAUCUAAUAGGAUGCACCAUUUUUCAAGCAUUGAAAAAGCUAUUGAAUGGAGUGUCAGGGCUGGGACUUUAAGAAAUAUUGAUUCUGCUCGGGUAUCCGUCCCUGCCACAUUAAAAUACGAUGACUCAAAGAAAUGUUAUGUUUAUCGGACAGAGCUGGAAAAGACUGAACAGUAUUGGAAAGGGUGGUAUGAAGGCCUCUCAGAUAAAUUUUUGUCUUCUCCUGUUCCGAAGCUGUUGCUAUUAGCAGGAACAGAUAGAUUGGACAAGUCUCUCACAAUUGGUCAAAUGCAAGGGAAGUUUCAGAUGAUAGUUGUCAGACACACAGGGCAUGCUAUUCAGGAAGAUGUACCUGAUGAAUUUGCAACACUGGUUGUCAACUUUAUUUCUCGUAACCAAAUAGGCCCUAAUGGAGUCGUGAUACCUGGCCUCCUCAAGCCCGCCUUUUCAAAACCGUGAAUCAUGGUGGUGAUGGUUUUAUCAUCCGACAUUCCUUUAGUUGUAGUAGUAUUAUUAUUAUGAGUGCUUACAUAUUUUGGUAGGUGGAGCUAGUAUAUAUUUUAGAUUAUGAUCUGAAGAAUGUGUUAUUACCACAACUAAUUUAGGCAUCUCAAGGUAUAAUGGAUUGCUUCCAAAAAAAUCAUCAAGGUACAAUGGAAGAAAUGCUUAAUUUAUAUUAGGUUCUAGAUUAUAAGGCACAAUGGAAGGAUUGCUUGAUUUCUA